AUGCCGAAUAUAAUGCUAUUAACACCGACUGAAACUGCCGAAAAGAAAAUUCUAUACCCGACCAAGUCGAAAUCCCUACCUGCAGAACUCGAUUUAGCUGUGCCGGUCACUUGCAGUGUGGAUCUGCAGGGUAUCGCGGAUUCUGCGAUAAAGGACCUGCAGGUGGUGAUCACGAACGCGACGGUCAGACCUAGGAACCUUAUCGCGUCUUCGACCGUUUCAUUGAAAGACAUGGAUUUGGACUUGACAAAGAGUCGUGCGAGUCGUUUACACUGCAAGUCGACUGAAAAAAGUCUAUUUUUCCGCUCCAAACAUCAUGUUGACGACACACCGAAACGGCAAACCCAGUGCCGUCCGCCACGAGUAGUCCUGCAGCAGAUGAUGGAGUUGAAAACCUUGCAGACCGAACUAUGGAAUUAUGUAGCGAUUCCGGUCACCUAUGUGCAGAAACUACGGGACAAAGAUGUGGCAAUAGAGGACCAGGUGGUUACCACGAACACGGCGGUCAAACCCAUAAGAGCCGAUCCUUUUGGAAACGUACUAAGACAUUUUUCCGGCGCUUAUUGUGCUGCACGUAUAGUCCCGAGCAAUAAAUUGCUGUUGUGCCAUUGCAGAUGCUGCUAUAUAGAAUAUACCGCGGUAUAA